AUGGUCGAUAGUGGUGUCCCCCAGGGUUCAGUACUGGGACCCAUUUUGUUCCUUAUCUACGUGGACGAUGCCGCAAGAGAUUUAGACUGUGAAUUAGCAAUGUUUGCGAAUGACAUGAAGAUAUGGAGUGUAAUUCGGGGUCCUGCGGAUGAAGACAGACUGCAGAUGAACCUGAAUCGGUUGGAGGAGUGGUCAAACCGUUGGCUCCUGCGGUUCAACGUUGCCAAAUGUAGCAUACUUCGCCUAGGUAACACAGCCAGAUCCGCCAGCACAAGAGGCUACUUUCUGAGCGGUGCAGCCCUACAAGAGGUCGAAGCCCAAAAGGACCUCGGUGUGCUUACGACGAGUUCCCUAAAACCAUCCGCCCACUGUUCGAGGGUGGCAAAAAGCGCAAUGACCGUACUGUACGCCAUCAAGCGUGCGUUUAUGGACUUUGACGAAGAAGCUUUCUCUAAGACAUUCGGAACAUUCGUCCGGCCGCAUUUAGAGUACGGCAUACAAGCUUGGAUGCCGUGGGCUGUUGUGGAUCAAAACUGCCUCGAAAGAGUCCAGAGGAGAGCCACGAAGAUGGUCAGGGGUCAAAGCUCCUUUCCUUAUGCGAUCCGCCUAGUAAAUCUGAACCUCUUUCCUUUGAGUUACAGGCAACUUCGCGGAGAUCUCUUGCAAGCCUUCCGCAUUGUAAAGGGGUUGGAUUGCAGUCUGGCCUUCGAGGACUUUUUUGAAUUUGCUACCACGACCAACCUCCGAGGUCACCCGUUAAAACUGCGCACUCAGCAGGCACGGCUGGAUGUGCGGAAGUUCUCCUUCUCGGUUCGGGUGGUGAAACCGUGGAAUGAGCUUCCCGCAGAUGUUGUGAUGUCACCAUCUAUACAAAGUUUUAAGAAGAAUCUGGACAUAUUUAUGUUCCGAAAUGACCAAGAGCGAUGA